UAUUGUGCUCUUAUGCAUGGAGUGAUUUGAAAACAACUUCUUGUUUGAUGUUGCCUUUUGUGGUUUGCUUUAAGCUAUUAUGGUAUGCAUGUGGAGGACUGAUUAUAAAGGCUUGGGCAUGUCAAGUUUCAUCCUCUACUCAUUUAAAGUUAUUUUUUUUUAUGAAUUGAUAACCCGACUGAUAUGUGAUAAUGAUUUCAUGGUUCUUAUUAUGCUUAGAUGGCUUAAUGUCAUAUGGAUGAUUUAACCGAAUUUUUCUCUUUGGUGAACUCCAACAAAAAAUGUGUUGAACUUGUUGUUGACCAGGAAUUUGGUCAACUGACACGGAGUCAGAAUAUGCUUGAUAUGAAUAAAUGUGUUGAGAAGAACGUAAUGACAAAAAGUAAUAAGAACACGAUAUUUUAUAGUGGUUCGGCUCCAGGAUCUGGUAAUAACCUACGUCCACUUAGACUGUUAUUGAUAUAAUAUUCAAAGGAGUGAUCAAAGAACAAGGGUUCAAUGAGUUUCACUAACCUCUGAAGAACAAUACAAUAUCACUACGAGAAUUACCCUAGUCUCAAAUGAUUCAAAAGCCAAAAGUCCCUUUCUUGAGCUAUCUUUUGCUAUUUAUAGGCUCAAGGGAGAUUAUAAAAGAUUGUUACAGAUAUUCUUUCCUGAAUAAUCGGAUACUCAGGAGAUUGUGUGAGUUAAAUUCAGGAUCUCCAAAGAUCUUUACAGUAAUGUUACUUUGUAUGCGGAACCAUCGACCAGACUGGUCGCAUGUAAGACUGGGCCGCUUACUGCUUUUAGCGUCCUCUGGUCGAUACCCUAGCAGAGUUCUUCCAGGUGUUAGCCACAUGUCCAGGGAUCACUUGCCACGUCAUCAAUGCUAAUUUUUUGGAUAACAUUUGCCCCCCAAGUUUAUUUAUCAUGAGCAAUAAAUAAACCUUUGAGCGAACGACUCUUCGGUAACCCCGCCUUACGUGUCAGAACCCUUCGUGUGUUCUUGGAGAAAGUAACCUACUUCUGUCUAAUCAUGACUUUUCGGUUCCCCAAUAAUAAUUCGACGGCCAUUCCGCUUCCCCAUACUUCGAAAAAGGGAAACUGAUGAUUACACUUUUUUAAUGCCACAGACAAACUUAUAUAAUACCUUCGAAAUUUUCAUUUUCUUUUUACGCACGCCAUUGUCUUCACAAGAGACCCUAAAAACCAGAGUUUUAAACUUCUCCGGAGACCGUUCUUCUGCAUUUUCAAGACUUAGUCUGAGAGUUCCCUGAUCUCUGAAGACCCUUUUUCCAUCUCCACGAUUAUCUUCUUGGUAAGUUUUCAAACUCUUAUGCUUCAAAUUUUUACGAUGCAUGCUUCUGGUUUGAGACGCUUGUGAGUAGAAUGUUUUGUAGGUAAAAAGGGUUACGAGUUAGUUUAAUAGUCAGAAUCAUAUUUUUAGGACGUAAAAUCGAAGUAAAAAUUCGAUCUUAGGCUAGUUGGAAAGUAGGUUUUUCCCGCCCUAAGGGGAGUUGAAAAAGCUUUCUUGAAAAACUUUUUACUUUCACCCUUUGAUCCGUCUCUCAAACUAUUCGUGUAGAAAAUUUAGCUUUUUGUUAGAAUGUUGUUGUAUAAAAGCUUGGCUUUUAUACUCAACCAUCGUUAUUCUAAAAAAACCUUUAAAAAUUCUUUAUCCUCACCUCCUCAUUCUUCUGUUUGCAGACAUUGAUGCCAGAUUUGUGGGGAGGUGAACGGCCCAUCGACGACGAUCUUCUCGCCUAGCUGCUCGAGGGCGAAGAACAACCGGCCGACCGAGUUCACGAGAUCCCCUUCUCACGAUCCUCUACGAGACCUCGUCCUUCUCCUCCUCAAAUGGCCCGUUCUAAAUCCGUAGGCAAGAAAAGACCUGAGUCUGAAAACAGUCCAAACCUUCCUGCCCAGCCUGAUUCGCAGGCUAGGGCUCCCUCGACCAGUGGUCGAGAAAAUCCUGCUCCUGACCCUAAUAUCCAAACUAGGGCCCGCCCUCGCUAUCAGAAUCUGCCUGAUGUCGAGUGGUAUACUCAGUGACCCUUCGGAUGGUUGCUAACUACUUCAGGAAAUACCCUCUUACAGGGGUUUCCAUUACAAUUCCUGCCGCAGACCAAAGGGCUAACCUCCCCGGAGGUAUAUAUAACGCCUGGUCUCAGUAUCACUUAGAGGCGGGGGCUUACCUCCCUCUACAUCCUUUUUAUGAGGGGGUGGCCAAUUAUUUCGGUGUCGCCCCCUUCCAAAUCACUCCAAACGGAUAUAGAAUGCUGGCCGCACUCUAUAUCCUGUACAAACUUAAAAAAUGGCCAGAACCUACCCCCCACGAGGUCAAUUAUCUUUUCGACCUUAAAUAUAACCCGCAACAGUAUGGAACGGGUUUCUUUCAUUUCUGUCACCAGGAGACCAACCGGACUAUCCUGAGUGAUACUACGCACAUAUCGAACGUGGGGCAGUACAGUAAGGAGUACUUCCUUACACCGAACAUAGCCAGCAACAACCUGGCCUUCGUUCGAGGAGGUAACUAUCGUCUUUGACUGGUCGAUACUUUUAAUCAAAGAGUAUCCUUUCAUUUUUCUCAAAUUGUAAUUUGUCUUUCAGGCCCAUGGUUACAUCCGACCCCAACACCAGACAUGGUGUUGAGGUCCAAUACUUUGGCCAGGAUGACAGACGCAGCAAAAAGCGUCAAGUCCCUGAUUAUUGAUGAAAACUUGAGGUUGUCUGGCCUCCUGGCUCCUCGCCAUGAAACAAGAGGGUCCGUGGUAGACGAUGCCGCUGCCGAGGGGGUUCCCGAGCAGCAACCUCCUGCGUCCCCUCCUCGGAGGAGGCCGACGGGGGUUACAAUCAGGGAGCCCACGGGCAAUCCUUCCGCAGAAAGGCCUUCUGCUCCCCAAGGCAAGGGGAAAUAAAAGGCCAAAGAGCCAGUUGUGGACCUGGGGGAAUCUUCUGAUGAGAACGGUAAAAUUAUUUUACUUUUAAAUAGUUUGCCAAUUCCCUGUCAUCUGUUUGACGGGGAGGGCAACUUUACGUAUACUCCGAAUCUAGGGCCAGACUUCUUCGUGCCAAAUAGUGAGUGUAUAACUAAUAGAUUCAAUAGUAUAGCGACCAGUAGUUGUAGCUCGGGUAUUCACUUUGUGACCUCUUUUCUGUUGUAUAAAGAAUUUUCAUCUACCUCUUAACUUAUCAUUUGCUUAUGCUUACUUGCAUCUAGACAUGGUCACUCCCAAUGUCUUCGAUCUAUACAAUGAUGAGGAAGAAGAAGAAGUUCCUCAGCUCCGGAGGAAGUCGUCGCGGAGACAGACCGGCGAAACAAGCCAGAGACCGGCCAAGAAGAGUCGAACAGAGGACCCUCCCAGGCACGUGCCAGCUGGGCAAACUUCUAUUCAUCCUCCGGACCCUGCUGAGAAAGAGACUCCUCCUGCUCCAAAGAUCCCUCCUCCGGCUCCAAAGAACCCUUCUCCGGCUGCGCCCAGCAGGGAACAAGACAGGCGGGAAGAGACCCUUGGGGCCAAACUCUCGAGCUGUGUCGUACGAGCGGCAAAAGAUCGUAUUACACACAUCGGAAAAAAUGACCGCGUCAAGGAUGCAAUGGUUAAGGCAGAGAGUAUGACGGUCGACCUGAUCCUGAACAGGACCCUGAAUGAAAUUUCCAGCGCCUUGCUAUCUGCUACCACUGCUCGUACUCGUGCCCAGGUCUCCAUCGAGCAGGCUAGGGCAAAGGCCAUUGAGGGGUAUCAGGUGAAAGCAACCAAGGAGAUUUCGGCUGCAGAGGCCAGGCAUAUAAAGGAGUUGGAGGCGAUGGUCCAACAGAGGGAUGCUGCGGUGACAAAGUUGUCGGAGGCUGAAGCUGCAAAGGCAUCUGCGAUAAAGUCGAGGCAGGAGUAUUAAGAUGCCAGCAGAACCCAUCUUCGCGAAGUCAAGAGGUUGGAAGAAGAGCUUAAGUCCAAGGAUGAGGCCAUUGCUACUCUUGAAGGCAAGGUAAAGCAGCUGGAGCUCGACAACUCCAAAAAUCUGGAAAGGUAUAAGAGGACGACGCUCCGAUGUUUCUACAACUUCUGGAAACACAACCAGGGAGCCAACUUCAGUUAUCUUUCAGAGGAUGUCAGGGCUGCCGAGCUGACUCGCUGCACUGCCCAACUGGCUGAAGAGGAGGCAAGAGUGAGGAUCCCUGCGUCCCCGAGCAUCACUGGCGUAGAGGAAGAAGUGGUUGUUGAGGAUGUUGUCAACCAGAAUGAUGUUAAUGACCCUCCGGCCCCAAAUGCCUCUUGAGCUUUUCCAUUAUUUUUUCUUUCUUUUUGAUUGCACGACCCACGGGUCGUAAUGUAAAGACAAUAUUUUUAUUUUAAACUUUGUUGCACGGGCAGUAAAUCUUUUCCAAGCAGUGAUGCUUGCGGUGUAAAA